AUGGACAAGUAUCAAAGGAUCGAAAAGGUCGGCGAAGGAACAUAUGGUGUCGUAUACAAGGCAAAGGACUUGACACCGGGUGCCAACGGUCGUAUCGUUGCGCUCAAAAAGAUUCGUCUCGAGACAGAAGAUGAGGGUGUCCCUUCCACAGCCAUCCGCGAGAUCUCAUUACUCAAGGAACUCAGAGAUGACAACAUCGUAAGGCUGUUCGACAUUGUUCACCAGGAAAGCAGGCUGUACCUCGUCUUUGAGUUCCUCGAUCUUGACCUGCGCAAGUACAUGGACCAUGUCUCGCGAAACCGCGGAGGCGACGGUAUGGGUCCCGAAAUCGUUCGCAAGUUCACCUAUCAGCUCAUUCGCGGUCUUUACUACUGCCACGCACACCGCAUCCUCCACCGCGACUUGAAGCCUCAGAACCUUCUUAUCGACCGCGAAGGUAACCUCAAACUCGCCGACUUUGGUCUCGCCCGUGCCUUUGGUAUCCCUCUCCGCACCUAUACCCACGAAGUUGUAACGCUCUGGUACCGUGCGCCCGAAGUGCUGCUGGGCUCGCGACACUACAGCACCGCCAUCGACAUGUGGUCCGUCGGCUGCAUCUUUGCCGAGAUGACUUUGCGACAUCCGCUCUUCCCAGGUGACUCCGAGAUUGACCAGAUCUUUAAAAUCUUUCGCGCGCUCGGCACCCCCACUGACGACGUUUGGCCGGGAGUACAGCAGCUGCCCGACUACAAGGAUAGCUUCCCCAAGUGGGCCGGACGACCGCUGCGCGAUGCUGUGCCUGGCCUCGACGAGGCAGGCUUGGAUCUGCUCGAGGGCAUGCUCGUUUACGACCCCGCAGGAAGGACAUCCGCCAAGCGCAGUCUUGUCCACCCGUACUUCAGGAGGCUCCUCACAUGA